AUGUUAGCGGUGGGGGCGAUGGAGGGCACCCGGCAGAGCGCGUUCCUGCUCAGCAGCCCGCCCCUGGCUGCCCUGCACAGCAUGGCCGAAAUGAAGACCCCGCUGUACCCCGCGGCGUACCCCCCGCUGCCCGCCGGCCCCCCCUCCUCCUCGUCCUCCUCGUCUUCUUCGUCGUCGCCCUCCCCGCCUUUGGGCGCUCACAACCCAGGCAGCCUGAAGCCCCCGACCGCGGGGGGGCUCUCGUCCCUGGGCAGCCCCCCACAGCAGCUCUCAGCCGCCACCCCACACGGCAUCAACGACAUCCUGAGCCGGCCCUCUAUGCCGGUGGCCUCGGGGGCCGCCCUGCCCUCCGCCUCGCCCUCGGGGUCCUCCUCCUCCUCUUCCUCGUCCACCUCCGCUUCUUCCGCUUCGGCGGCUGCCGCGGCUGCCGCGGCUGCAGCAGCCGCUGCCUCAUCCCCAGCGGGGCUGCUGGCCGGCCUGCCCCGCUUCAGCAGCCUGAGUCCGCCGCCGCCACCGCCCGGGCUCUACUUCAGCCCCAGCGCUGCGGCCGUGGCCGCCGUAGGUCGGUACCCCAAGCCGCUGGCCGAGCUGCCCGGCCGGACGCCCAUCUUCUGGCCAGGAGUUAUGCAGAGCCCACCCUGGAGGGACGCGCGCCUGGCCUGCACCCCUCAUCAAGGAUCCAUUUUGUUGGACAAAGACGGGAAGAGAAAACACACGAGACCCACGUUUUCGGGCCAGCAGAUCUUCGCUUUGGAGAAGACUUUCGAACAAACGAAAUACUUGGCGGGGCCCGAGAGGGCUCGCUUGGCCUAUUCGCUGGGGAUGACGGAGAGUCAGGUCAAGGUCUGGUUCCAGAACCGCCGGACCAAGUGGAGGAAGAAGCACGCGGCCGAGAUGGCCACGGCCAAGAAGAAGCAGGAUUCGGAGACCGAGCGGCUCAAGGGGGCCUCGGAGAACGAGGAGGAGGACGACGACUACAACAAGCCUCUGGACCCCAACUCGGACGACGAGAAGAUCACGCAGCUGCUGAAGAAGCACAAGUCCAGCAGCGGCGGCGGCGGCGGCCUCCUGCUGCACGCGUCCGAGACCGAGAGCUCGUCCUGAGCGCUCGCUGCCCCCGGCGCCUGCCCGGCUUCGGGCCUCCGCCCCGGGAACCGCGCGCGCCCCGCCUUCCCGCCCUUCGGGGCCCCGAGGACCCGGCCCCCUGCCGGGGCCCUUUGCUAUUUUCUGAGAUGUACAUAUCUAUUUUUUUAACCUACAAGUUGAGGGGGGCAGGGGGAGAGAGACACUCGGGGGCGGAGGAGAAGGCAGAGAAGUCCACGAAAUGCACUGCAUAGAGAACGCAACCGAAACCCGCCUCGGGCCACCCUCCCAGCCCCGCUCGGGCCCCUAGACGCGUCCCCCGGGCGGGAGCUGCCGCGGGGCCCGCACCGCCCCCUCGCGCCCGAGGCCCCGCGGGCGGCCGGGGCGGGGGCGUCCAGAGGUGUUCUUCGAGGCUCCACACCCGGCGCGGGGACCGCAGAGCCAUGCGGGCGGGCGGCCGCCCCAGAUGGGCCCCCCACAAAGUGCUGUGCCGACUAAAGCAACCUGUUGAAGGCUCUUUGUAAAUAAAUCGUGAGUCACACUGACUAGAAGUUACUUUAUUGUGAAUAUUUAAAAUGUAAAAUGCCUUUUUGAAUUUGGUAUAAAAAGACGGCCCUCCUUCUUUCACCCUUACCCCCUUUAAGAGCUACUCAAACCACACGUUUUCCUUUUAUUUUGAACUUAAUUUGGGAAGCGCAGAGAAGAA